AUGGUCAGAGAUGGUCUGAAGUGGCAGCUUGGAGAUGGCAAAAAGGCUGGUGGUGGAGUCAUCAGGGAUCAACUAGGGGACAUGAUUGCAGCCUAUGCUGGCAACCUCAGUGAAAGCUCGGUCACCCAAGCUAAGGGAAUGGCCCUCCUCUGGGGGUUGAAAAUGGCUAACGACAUAGGAAUAAAGCAUCUAGAAAUUGAAGGAGACUCUAAAGUUAUUAUCGACUCUAUCAAAGGGAAGGCUUUAGCUAGGUGGAAAGUGGAACCCAUUCUAAGGGAUAUCAGGCAGUUGCUGGUCAAAAUGGAGGACUUCACCAUAGACCACAUCUUCAGAGAAGGAAAUAGAGCGACAGAUUCCAUGGUGGCUAAAGGAAGGUUGCAGAUGGGCUUACGAUGCUGGAGGAACCCCAAUGCGCUGCCAAUCACUGUUAAGGAAAUCCUGGAUAAGGAAAAAGCCUUAUGCCAGGAAAGGACUAACCCUUCUGCCCAAUGA